AUUUUCCGUCAAUUCACUCACAAAGCCAUGCCGGAAUCCGACGAACAACCACCGCCAUCGACCCCGUCAACGGCGUCCACUCCACCUGUUUACAUACAUCCGCGAAGAGAACCUUUCGAACACGGACUUCUCCCUAUCCCUAAACUUAUCUUCACCGAUGGAGCCCAAACUCUUACUCAAAUUCGUGAUAAACUCUUGUCCUUAUCAUCUGGAUCGACACAUCGAGUUAAUUUUGAAGCAAUUGCUGAAGCACUUCAGAUCUCCCAUGACCAUGCUCGUCUCGUCAUUGAGACAAUCGCAUCGGUUCUUCAUUCCGAUUCUGAUCCCAGCGUCACUGCUAAGCCGUCAGAGAUCGGUUCCGUUGGUGUAAACGUGUUUGAUUUGAUGAUGUUUUUGUACAUUCAGAGUUAUAAAAGGUUGCUACCUAAAGGACAUAAGGAUUCUGCUGCAGUUGCUGAUGUUUGGCCUUCUACUUCUGCAUUCGAUGGUUUCUUGUCGGCUCUUUCACCGUUGCAGCUUGUGCGCAGCAAUAGUCGUCGGUCCAUGCCAUCACAGGCUGAUGAAGAGGCUCAUCAAUUAUCCUAUUUACAGAAACACUUGGGAAACAUUCUGUCUCUUUUGGCAGAGUCAGGGGAAGGAGAUGGUGACGAAUCACUGGUCUUGUCUAUGGAGAAAUUGGAGCAUCUUGGCUUCCUAAUCUAUUUUGGUGAAAAGGGAUCUGAGAGAAUCCCAUUGAGUCAGAAUGCCCCAUUUUUUGCCAAUUCAGAUCCAGAGAUGCCUGCUGUUCCUGUUCCUGCAGCUCAAGUACAUGACUGGCUUAUAGAAAAUAUAGCCUCUGCUUUGACACGAAUAACCGAGAGGGCUUCAGCAAAGGAAAACGGACCAACUAGUGCCUCUGAUCAGGAUGUGCCAAUGGCUGAUGUCUCUGCAAGUUCAGUUAAGAGUUCACCAGGUCCUAGAGGUCCAAGUUCCAUUGAAGGAAUUUCUAAAUCAUCAUAUGUAAGGCUGCCAAAUGAUAUUAAAGGCUCCUCUGUAAAGGUUAUCAAUUGCCAUGAAUCGGUCAUUUAUAUUUUAGCUCCUUUGAAAUAUGCUACAGUAUAUGGAUGCUCUGAUGCAACUAUUGUCCUGGGAGCUGUAGGCAAGGCUGUCAGAAUUGAGCACUGCGAGCGUGUACAAGUAAUUGCAGCAGCUAAACGUAUUUGUAUUGCCAAUUGUCGUGAAUGCGUAUUCUUCUUGGGAGUUAACCAAACACCACUUCUUGUUGGUGAUAACCAUAAAUUGCAAGUGGCUCCGUACAAUACUUUUUACUCGCUAUUGGAGGAACACCUGAAGCAAGUUGGUAUUGACCCAACCAUCAACAGAUGGGAUGCACCUGUAGCACUUGGCGUCAUUGACCCACACGAUUCACUGUCACAUCCUGCUGGUGUGUCUGAAGUUCAAACAGAGUCUGCUAGUCCUGUGGACCCUGAUCAGUUCACUAACUUUUUGAUUCCAAACUGGUUUGAAGGGCAGCAAUCUGGGUCCACAAAAGAUAAUCCAUUCCCCUUACCGGAAGCUUAUAUGGCAUCCCAGCAGAGAAAUCUCAAGAACUUGGAGGAGACUAAGAGUAGUUUGAAGGACAUCGACCUUGAUGAGAGCCGGAAGCGGGAAGUAGCAGCUGCUCUGCAUGUGUGCUUUAAAGACUGGUUAUAUGCUUCAGGAAAUAUACGUCAACUAUACUGUCUUCAAGGCGAAUAGUGUUCUGCACGAUGUUUCAGCAAAUGUAGCAAGGAUGGUGUUGGUUCCGAACUUCAGCUGACGAUUAAUCUGUUGUUAUUUGCUUUGUCUGGGUUCCUGUAUACAAAUAAGAGAUGCAGAAUACCAUGCUGGGUAAAUUAGUGAACAGUGUUCAUAGAAUUGUUGAUUGGUUUUUGCCUAGCAGCUAAACACUCUUCGACACUGGUUCGAUAGAACCCAGUAGCUUUGACUUAAAUUUUGUAUUUGUGAUCUCAUGUUAGAAUUCAAAACUCAUAAAUCAAAAUUCUAGCUCUGUAUUUGUUAACGCGUUGUAUGAAUCAUGUUAUUUAUAUUACUA